AUGCAUAUUCAUCCAAUUAUCGAUUAUUUAUGUUUUAUUGUCUUUUUAAAUUAAUUAUCGCUCACUCUCUUCAUUAAUUACAAUAAUAUCAAUUAAUGGAUCUAGACUUCAUUUUUUUCCCUGCUCCUAAAGAAAUAUCAACUGAACAUGAUUAUGAGAAAUAUUAUGAUUCCAAAGUAUAAAAAAUUAUAUCCAAUUUUUUAAAUUAUGUCCCUCGAACAACCAAAAAAAGAGGUGUACUUUAAGCAGAGGGAAUUAGAAUCUGAAGAUGAUGAGCAUUUUAUCAUUGAAGAACCUAGGUAAUUCUCAAAUAACUAAAGUAGUGAAUGUCAAUUACAACCAAUCCCUAACUUUCCUUGUAAAACUGUCACCUAGCGAUAGAGAUAGCAAAUAAGAUAAACGAGUGAAAUUAAUUCACUAUCUUUUGAUUAUAAUGAGGGAAGUCCUGAUGUUUCAUAUAAAUUGCAAUAAUUAAAUAUGCAAUCCAUUUAAAUUCCUUCUAAAAAGUCUUAAUUAUGUAGGAAGAUAUCUAAUUUUUAUCCUCAAACUAAACCCAAGAAAAAUUUCUGCUUUAGUCAGCCUCUCAUUAAAUUACCAAAAUAAUUAUUGGAUAAAAAGAAAGAAAAUUUUGUCUUUGAAGAACCAACUGUUCACAGAUCAAAUUCUAGAGAAUCUAAUCACAUAUUUGGACAUAUUCCAUGUAUGUAUGAAGAUUCCAAGAUUCACUCUCCUAAUAUUAUACUCUAUUUCCAUGCCAAUUGUUAAGACAUAACAUAAUCAUAUUAAUUUCUUAUUCAUUUAAGAGAUAACUUAAAUGUAUUUUUUAUUAUAUCAACCUCAGUAUCAGCCAUAGCCAUGGAAUAUCCAGGCUAUGGUAAGUAAAAAAAUGAAUAUCCUAAUGCUGAAUUCAUUUUGAAAGAUGCUGAAUAUGUUUACAACUAUCUAACAAAAAGAUUAGGCUAUAAUGAAAAUCGCAUUAUUAUUUUUGGGAGGAGUAUCGGCAGUGGACCACAUACCUAAAUUGCAAGUAAAUAUAAACCAGCAUGUCUUGCAUUGAUGUCACCAUUCACUCCCUUAAAAGCAGCUAUAAGAGCUUAUGUUGGGUCCUGGGCCUAAUAUCUCAUUAGAUAGCUUUUCGAAAAUUUAGAUUAAAUUAAGAAAGUCAAGAUACCUACUUUUAUUUUACAUGGCAAAGCUUAUAAUAUCAUUCCAUAUACUUAAGCCCAAGAGUUAUAUAGUAGAUAUUUUAUAGAAUAUUAGAAAAUUUCGUAUCAUGUAAAUGCAUUCUGCAUUUAGCUGAUGACAUGGACUAUAUCAAUUAUAAAUUAAAUGAAUAAUAAAUCUUUUUAGAAAAUUAUGAAAGACAGUUCAUUCAAUUUUGA